CGGCAGCGGCAGCGGCAGCGGCAGCAAGCACAGGAGGAUCUGUAGAUAGGACGCCGUUGUGACGUCGCGUGUUCCACACUACCAGCCCUACGAUGUUCUGGAAGCGUUGGUUGUAUGGGUGUUUGUGCGUGGUUGCGGGCGCAAAGGAUAUGACAAGCAGGGACGGGGCCGUAAACAAUUGCCCGAAAAAGGGAGAUCCGGGGGGACAAGAUGCCCAGUGGCGCCUACGAGCGCCCGCACGGGAAUUGGGGCGAAACCGACAGCGUGGUAGACGGGACCUUGAAUGGGUGGGAAAAUCUAAGCAGUCGCAAGAUAAGGUACGGAGCGGUGCGCAGCUGAGACUGUGACUGGGGGGGAGAGGCAUCCAAGCGGGCGCAAUUGAGCUUCAGGUGAAUCUUUGACAGCUGUUUUCUGCCAGCCCAGAGAUAAGGGACGCAGCGAUGAGAGGUUGCAGUGUGUAAGGAAAUAGAAGAGAGCGACGGUCUUUUAUGUAAUGAUAAUAAACUGCCAGCUCGACGGGGGGGCACCCCUCACCCAUUCGCCUAGACCCAGACUUGCCAGACACCACCUAACAGGGCCGCCGGCGUGGGAGGUGGGCGUGCAGCGGCGAGCGGGGAGGGGUGAGGAAUAAAGGGAUGGGUAAGAGAGAGCAACGGUGGUGGGGAGAGAGAAGAGAGAGGAGGGGAUUCAGGGAGGAGGGGUGAGACUGGGAGGAAAGAUCAGGGAA